UGUGAAGUGGGUCAAUACUGUACACUCCUUGAGGUAUCAUUGUCCCAUCAGUAGUAGUUGUUUGGCUUUUGUGGGUCUUUCAUUUUACAGGUCAGUCGUUUCUGGACUACGAGAAUUCCGAUUUUGUGCCCUCUUAUUUUUCCUCACACAAUUCAAAAACGACCAGGAGGCAAAAUUUGAAUUACUAAUUUUUACAAAUGGUUUGUCUCGUUUUUUAAGCAAUUCAUUAACCAUUCGCAGCGUUAUUUUUGUAGUGACCGGCAACGCUUUUUACCGCGAAUCGAGGAAGAACUACAAAUAUGAGACCAUUUCCUUUCGACACGCUUUAAAUAGAGGAAAGGCGGACGUGACUGAAGAUAGCAUACGGACGUUAAAGGGGGAAGGGCCCGUGUGAAACAGUCUGCUAAAGGCACGCCCCCAGUAUGUAUUUAGUGCCAGAAUGUGCAUUGUGCGAAACAUAGGUUUGGCUAAGGACCCCGGAUAUGACACCGGUGAAGAGACACUCUUACGAAGCACAGUUUAAACUGCGAGCUAUAGAAUACGCAGACGAACAUGGGAAUCGAGCAGCUGCGAGAGUAUUCAAUGUCAACGAAUCCAUGGUUCGCAAUUGGAGGAAGCAGGAAAACGAGCUUCGCAAAGUUAAGAAGACGAAGCUGAGUUUCCGCCACCACAAGCUAUCGUAUGUAUAAGGAAAAAGAAACGCAAUGCAGUGGGUUUGGUUGCACCACCAAAUCCCCCUGCUCUUGCUCCAGAGGAAGUCAACAGCAUGGAUCACAGUCCUGCUGAAGAGGACAGCGCGGUCACAAGAACGGGGUACGAUGAUCUGAACCUGAGAUUUUGUACAAAGGACAUUUGGACCCACAAUCUAGACGAUUUGAAGAAACUGAGAGUAAACGAGCUCAAGGACGAGCUCCAGCGCCGCAGCCUGGACCCCAGUGGCCUGAAGACGGACCUGGUGAAGCGGCUCCUGGCUGCAAUGCAGGAGAACGCCAGGGCCAAGUCGCCGCGGCGAGAGGAAGACAAAAAUGGAGAUCGGGGCCACUGUUAUGAAGAAGAGGACACAAAGCCGAAGGUCAAACGUGAGCCGUGCGACAGCCAACCGGUGUUCGCCUCUGACCGCAGUCUGCCGAAAUUGAACGCCAACAUUCCCAAUAAGACCACCAUCGCUGAUAUAGUCAUUAAACCUGAACCAGACAGAGAGGAAUGUGUUGCCAUCAAAAAAGAGGAAGACAAUAGCAGAGAUUGGGGCUGCUACUGUAAGGAAGAGGACACCAAGCCAGAGGUCAAAUGUGAGCCGUGCGACAGCCAACCAGUGUUUGCCUCCGACCACAGCGUGGUGGAUUUGACCGCCAACUCCAACUUUCCCAAUAUGCCCGCCAUCGCCGAACUAGUUUUCAAACUUAAACCAGACGAAGAGGAAAAUGGUGACAUCAAACCAGAAAUUGGAGAGGAGAUCAAAAUGGAGGAUGCCCUGGUGGCUGUCGGUAGCGCCGGGUGGGCAGAGCCGAAUUGCGGACAAGAUGAUGGCAGUCUGGCCGUGCCGGCGAAGUUGCAAUCGGAGAGAUGCGGACACUACUGCCAAAAGCGACCGCGUGAGGAGAACGGGGACUACAGCUACCAUGAGCGCGGCGAGGAGCAGAGGACCCCAACAAGACCGGCAGAAAUGUUACCCUACGUCUUUGACCCAGAGUCUGAUGAAGAGACUGAAGAAGAACAACAACAAACUCAAACCCGUACAACGAUGGACGUUUCAGAAUGGUGCACCUGUGGGAAUUGCUCUACAAUGCAGACUGAGUUGGAGAAUGUGUGCUGCAGGGAGACGCCAAUGGUUACCAGAAGAAUGGAAGAGGCAGAUCCACCUGUAAGCUGCAUGACCCACCACCCAGGAUUUGUUCCAGUCUGCCUGAAUAUCUAUUCCCUGCAAAAUGCCCUGAACAUUUAUCGGGCACAGUAUGGGAACUUGCAAGUUAGAGGCUAUGAAAACCGUUUCAGGAACUUGGCAUACAGGUCAUUUGUCAGCUGGUGUGGGGGGUAUCUUGGAAAGAAGAUUCGUGUCGCUAUUCCCUCUUGUGUGGUGCAACGAAUCCAAAGGGAGUUCCAGAUGCGACAGGGCAAUAUGCUGGAUUCAAAGCUCCUCUCCCCUGACUAAAGCAUGCUACUUGAGGCGUGUAGUCCUGUUGGGAUGACAAGUCAAAUAAGAUCCACGUUUGUACGUAUUCAUUACAUUUUUCUUCAAUGUUCCGGUUUAAUAAAAAAUUUGAAAUAUUA